AUGGCCAAGAAUAGUUGCAGCAAUGCAAAUCGCAAGGCCAUGAUCCUUGGCUUUCUGCUCGGCGCCAGCUACCAUCUGUUAUCCUUUGGUGCGGUCAUGGCGGCGGCUCAAAUGGAGACGAAUUGGGGUGUGGUUCAAAAGAUUGAGAGAGUCAAGUCAAGCAAGUUCGUCCAGCCUUUCGGUGGAAUGGACAGUGCUGAUUGGCUUCAUCAUGGCCAAUGUUGCCCUGGGAACAGUCCAGGCCAUCCUCUUCUCGGAGUAUAG